AUGGCCACCGUUUAUGGCAACUACACGGGUUCGUCCCCACUUUCGGACUUCACCCGUCUCUAUUCGCAUCUCGUUGUCCUAUUCGGCUCUCCUGCUAACCCUGUUCACUUCCCUGCAGACUAUAGCGGUCCCUCCAAAGUCCCCGGAUCAGCGACCCAUGUUCUUGACGCUCGCCUCAACUUGCUCCGGACUCUAAUCCCAGCCAUAUUCGAGGGCAAGAAGUGCCUUGAUAUUGGCUGCAACGCUGGAAGCGUGUCUUGCCAACUCGCCUUCGAUUUUCAUGCAGCGUCUGUCACUGGUAUUGAUAUCGAUCCAGAACUAGUAGCCCAGGCCGAAAAACUUUCAGCAUUACGUUCUUCUCGCGUCCGACCUGCGGCAGAGAACACGGAAUCUAUUACCGACUACUUCCCUGUAUCAGCUGUCCUCAAUCACGGGUACCGCAUCGAGCCAAAGAACGAAGCUGCGCGUCGCUCAUCAACCGCUCCUACCCUUCCAAAGUGGCCAUGCCUAAAAUUCUCCACUGCAGACUGGGUAUUGACAGAACCCUCAAACUCCCCAGAUGUCUACGAAGUAAUUUUGGCUCUAAGUGUCAUCAAAUGGAUCCACCUUGAGCAUCUCGACCAGGGACUGGAGACAUUCUUCCGCAAGUGUUCGUCCUCCCUGGUAAAUGGUGGCUAUCUCGUCAUCGAGCUACAGACCUGGGACUCAUACGAAAAAGCCAUUCGCCCCAACACUGCCCCCCACUUCAGUGAGAGCCUGAGGAAGCUGCAGUAUCGGCCUGAGACAUCAUUCGACAACCUUUUAGCAGCGGAGGGGCUCAAGGUUUGCGCUUCAUCGACUGCCUUACCACGCCGCAUAAGCGUAUAUCGCAAGGAUUGA